AUGGCCCUGGUGAGUCAUGUGGUCAAACGUGACUCGCUCGGCGGCUGGGAGGACGGCGAGUUCGAGCCUAUUGAGGAGAACGCGGAUGUCACGUGGCCCGAGCACCGGCCCGCCGCGCAUCAGAACAGCGGCGACUCGCUCGGCGGCUGGGAGGACGGCGAGUUCGAGCCUAUUGAGGAGAACGUGGACGCACCGCCCCAAAACAGCGGCGACUCGCUCGGCGGCUGGGAGGACGGCGAGUUCGAGCCUAUUGAGGAGAACGUGGACGCACCGCCCCAAAAUAGCGGCGACUCGCUCGGCGGCUGGGAGGACGGCGAGUUCGAGCCUAUUGAGGAGAACGUGGACGCACCGCCCCAAAAUAGCGGCGACUCGCUCGGCGGCUGGGAGGACGGCGAGUUCGAGCCUAUUGAGGAGAACGUGGACGUCACGUGGCCCGAGCACCGGCCCGCCGCGCACCAGAACAGCGGCGACUCGCUCGGCGGCUGGGAGGACGGCGAGUUCGAGCCUAUCGAGGAGAACGUGGACGCUAGGACCCGUCCCGCCACGCACCAGAAUAGCGGCGACUCGCUCGGUGGCUGGGAGGACGGCGAGUUCGAGCCUAUUGAGGAGAACGUGGACGGUGACAGUUGCCACACUGUAGGGGAGACUGGGGACACUCGAUCCAAGGCAGACUAG